GUCAUGUGACUCUGACUCAGGCGCUAUGUCCACAUAACGAACGAGUGUUUCCUUACAGAAGCUUUCCUUUGGGCCCCAGAGGUCUUCUCCGACAUGCAGAACGUUUUCAACACCGUGAAAGGCACCGCUCUCGGGGUGGCCGAGUUCCUCACGCCGGUGCUGAAGGAGUCUAAAUUCAAAGAGACUGGAGUCAUCACACCCGAGGAGUUUGUAGCUGCUGGAGAUCAUCUGGUUCAUCACUGCCCCACAUGGAAGUGGGCGACUGGAGAGGAAGUGAAGGUGAAGCCGUACUUACCCCAGGAUAAGCAGUUCCUCCUGACACGCAACGUCCCCUGUUAUAAGCGCUGUAAACAGAUGGAGUACUCGGACGAGCUGGAGGCCAUCAUAGAGGAGGACGAUGGAGACGGGGGCUGGGUGGACACCUACCACAACUCAGGUGUUUCGGGGGUCACAGAUGCUGUGCGGGAAAUUUCCCUGGACAAUAACAAGGACAAGAACAUGAACGCGACGUCUGCGGCGUGUUGUGGCAACGGCGAUGAUGACGACGAUGAUGAAGAUGGAGAAGCAGCCGACAUGGAAGAGUAUGAGGAGAGCGGCCUGUUGGAAACAGACGAGGCAACCUUGGACACCAGUAAAAUAGUAGAAACCAAAGCAGAGCCGGGGAGUGAGGACGCUAUCCUUCAGACGAGAACAUACGACCUGUACAUUACAUAUGAUAAAUACUACCAGACCCCCCGACUCUGGCUGUUCGGAUACGAUGAGGACAGACAACCUCUGACUGUAGAGCAGAUGUACGAGGACAUCAGCCAGGACCACGUGAAGAAGACGGUCACCAUUGAGAACCACCCCCACCUGCCCCCCCCUGCCAUGUGCUCUGUCCACCCGUGCAGACACGCUGAAGUGAUGAAGAAGAUCAUCGAGACGGUGGCCGAAGGAGGAGGAGAGCUCGGAGUGCACAUGUAUCUUCUGAUCUUCCUCAAGUUUGUGCAGGCUGUCAUUCCCACAAUAGAAUACGAUUACACGAGACACUUUACCAUGUAGCUUCGUCGGUGUCUGUCUGCCUCCGCUUAUCCUUCCUCUGUACGCCGGACAGAUCAGAGAUUAGAUCUGCUCCACCCGCUCUGCUCUCAAUACAACCGGUUUGUGUUCCUCUCAGAAGCUGUUUUUGGGCGCAGGCCAUGGGCAAAUGUCAAGGUAUGUGACAAAACUGUAUUAAAGGAACAUUUGUUGCAAGCAUGUGUGUUUUGUGAAAGCCAGUGGUGAUUUGUGUGUGUCUGCCACCGAGACACUUUAAAAGAUUCCACUUUCAUCACAUUUCUGGGCUUUUGUUUCACUCUUCAGAAAGAAAGCCAAGGGUUUUCUCCUACUUCAGUCGCCAAGCUAAGCUAAACGCCACCCAAACUCUUUAUCUCUCUGUAUCAUGUUGAAAAUCCCACAUGGAUGUCGUGAUCUGACCGUCUGAAUGAGUUUUUCAGUGGUUAAUGAGCAUCUUCAUGUCUGCCACCUCCAGUUCAAACAUCACAGCAGAGCUCACUGUUCUGUUGUGAAAAUGAACUCUCUUCUUUCUGUCCUUGGUCCAGACGGUUGAGCUUGGUUUUCUUUCACUCGCUCUCUGCUCUCAUCACACAUAACAGUCUGUCAUCUUCACACAUCCUGUCCCAGGUACCCCCCCCCCCCAUAUCAUACUCACCCUCAUGUCGUCUUGUUGAUCACUACUGAUAACAAUGGGGGCUUUGCUUUACUUACAAAUUUCAAAAUCAAAUUUAAAAUCUUGAGGAUACUCAAAUUCAGACUCAUUUUUUCAAUAAUUUUGAUCAUCUUUGAAGGUCUGAAAAACUCUUAAAAUACACUUUAAUCAGAUCUGCAUAGAAAUUGUUAUUCUGUAAGGGUAUGUUGGAGUUGCUCUCAGAGGAUUUACACACAGAUGUGGCUGAUCUUCAAGGAUUAUAAGUGUCUGCCUCCACAGAAAUAAAAUUUAUUUUGCAGCAGUUCCUACUUUGUAUCCACCUGAUGAAUGUAAGUCUCAGUGUGUGGAAAAAUGUCUCCCUUUAUGUCAGCCUGCAACUGCUCCUCACAGAAUCUCAGACCUUUUCUCCAUUCUGCCAUAAAACAAGCUCAUAAGUGUAUUUAUUCACUUAUUUCACAAGAUUUUUUAUUGAUUUUUUUUUUUAUUUGCUCAAAGAAUGUCUAAAAUACAGCCAAAGAAAAAAGAUGAAAUGUCAAGAAAAAAGAAGUUCAGAAUCUUGAGAUUAAAGUGGAUUUUGUUUCUCGGCAAGUAUACAACAUUAAAUGAAAAAAGAAAAAGGUUUGGCAUGUACACAUAAAGGAUGAAGUGGAUUCUGUUAUUCCUGCCUUUAUGUGCCAUAAACAUGAAAUCUGGUUAUAUCAAACCCCUCAGAUUGAACUGAACCCUGAUAAUGAUCUGAUGUGUUUAUUCAUGUAAAAGGAAUGAUCUGAUCCCUCAGACUGAUUAAAGGAGAGCAUGUUAACGCAGCUACAGAGAACUUCCAAACAGUACUGACGUAUCAAGUGACUCUUAAAUUCUCUGAAAAGAUGAAUUGGCUGAAAUAGUUUGUCUCAAACUUUUUAUGAAACUCUCAAAAGUUCCACUUUCAGUCUUGAAGGUGUGUCUUGAUUGAGUUUGAUUCUUCAAAGGUUUGAUUUAAUUCUCAGAGAUUUAGCCUUCACUCCAACGAUUUUGUCCUAAUGUCUUCCUCAAAGCUCAAAUCACUAGGAUUUUAAUGCUUGAACUGUUAUUUCAUUUCUGUGCUUUAAACAUUUGGAGUUCCUCGCCACUCUGUAGAAAGUUGCUCUCUUGCAAUGAAAAAAACUCCAGUUCUCUUUAUGAGAGGAUUUUCUUGAUGUUUCAGCUUUAUUCUUCGUGUAUAAAAUAUAUUUCACAUUUAUAUUAUGAUAUUCAUGUUGGCCUGCUGUACCAAAUCAGCCACUUUGUCUUAAAGCUACAUGACGAGAAUGUGAAUCCAUCCAUCAUCCACCUGCUCCAUUUACCGCAGUUUGUGUCUAAACCUUGAGAUUUGUUCCCACCUGUGUGAAGUAUUCCAGCCUGCUAUCUCUGAAAGCUUCUUUUAUUUCCUCACACACUUCCUCAGUGUGCUUACUGGUGAAAAUACAUUUAACUUCAGAAAACUGAGCCUCCAUUGGCUCCAUCCUUCUUCUUAUGAGCCGCGUGCAGCCGGUCAUCGCUUCCUCGUGCUCUGUUGGAUUGUAGCCGUGCCUGUUGGUUCAGCCUCCUCCUGUAAACUCUGCUUGGUGGGAACACGGUGUACAUUUAUCAAUAAAGACUUUCUCAAAUCCU